AUGCGAAUCCAAUUUGCGCUGUUGUCUGCAACCCUGUUGGCGAUUCAGAGCACAAUUGUCAGUGCACAAACUUCGGCUUCAUCAAGCACGCUCGCCUGCAAAAGCGUAGCACUCAGUUCACAGGCAUCGUCAAAGUGGGUCGUAAGCUGCAUUACUGAAGAAACAGUCCCCGCCUCGUCGGCCUCGUUCGAUCCAUCACUGGUGCAGGACUACUUCGUAAACAGUGACCCAUACGUUACAGCUUCCGCAUCCAACAUCAACCUCUCGUCAACUUUCUCGAAAGUUGAUGCCCUCGAAUCUUCGUCAAUCACGAGGUUUUCCUUGUCGGCUGCUCUAGGAUUCAAACCAACCAUCCCAUUAAGCAUCGUGCCUACGGCUUUUGCCGAGCUCUCCUCCCUCCAAAUAUUGCAUUUGGAAGCUAUUCCUCUAGCUGACAGUAACCUUUACCUAUUGCUUCCGUCUUCCAUCCAGCAAAUAUCGAUUAUUGAUUGUGGCCUCAGUAACUUUUCAAUCACGUUCACGGAUGGCUCUCUCCUUGGCGACUCUGCGCUCUCUUUUAUCGAUUUACGUCUUAACAAUCUGAAUGAAGUCCCGGCAUCUCUGUACGCUAUGCCAAGCAGUGUAUCAACCAUCGACCUACGAGGCAAUGACCAAUUAAACUUUUCAGCAGAAACUACUGCUCAUGCAAAGCAAUUGCAGACUUGGAAAAGUGACGAGGUACUAAAAGCUGAAAGUGCUGUUUUCGCGAACUUGGCCUUGUCCAGUCAAGAAAAGCGGAAAUCCAUCGUUGGAUCUGCGAGAAUGAAGUCUCUUAGUGUUCUGCCAAACUCAUCAUCGAAAAGCAAUGAAAGUAUUACAGCUACUCGCAUUGGCAUAAACAAGAGUACAGUACUGGCCACUAUCGUAGCCGUUGUGAUGUCCACCAUGCUGAUUUUGGUUUUCGUGCUAUCCUACGUCAAACGAAAGCGCAGAAACAUGCAAGAUCGGGAAUCGGACGCAGUUCUUUGCUUGCCUCACCCAUUUAGCAAGAUGUCACGAGAUCGAUCCGAGUCAUUAGGCAACUCUACAACUGCCGAUAGUGAACUCUCUCGCAAGCGGCUGUCGUCUGGGGAUAGCCACUACUAUGAUGCACAUGACCGAGAUUCUUGCGUGAUGCUGGACAUCCCGCUCGCUGAUGCACAUGUCGAACCAACGCAGCCGUCAAAAAGUAUGUUAACAUCAGCUAGCUACGUCAAUGUCAUUUGCCCCAUCAAAAUCUCGCCGGCCAACUCGAAAAAAGAAACAUCCAGUUGCGUAAACGGCAGCAACAAUCACUCACUCGAGCUGCUCGGCGCUAAGAGCACUGUUAUUACGACACCAGCUCAAACGCGUCUCGCAAACCGAAAAAGGCUUCGAUUGGCACUCAAGACGCUACUUGAAGCGAAACCCAGUGCCAACGACAUUUCUUCUUACACACUACUCACUGUUAAUACUUGCGAGUACUCGUUCAGCCCAGGCACAAAAGUCAAGGAAACACCACUUGCAUUCUUCAUCGACUGUCAACUUGAUAGCUGUGGCGGAAAACCAAACUCCGUAUCAGUUCCACCCUCCAAGCUUACACUCAAGAUAUUUGUCGACAAUGAUGCACAUAUGGCAGAGCGAGAAAGUUAUGCGCUUUCGUGCUUGCAACAGGGCGACUCCACGCGAGGCUUUGCCCCACGUAUUCACGAUACCGCUCUCGAAUACGAACUAGUCGGCCAAUAUUCCAAGCUCAAGCCAAACGUUGCAAAAAUAAACUGCUGCAUCCUGGUGCUGGAAAUGCCGAGCUGCAUUAGGCUAAGUGCUGAGAUGGCUGCCUCUGGUGAGCCGUCACCUGAGCAGAUCUCUUGUGUGCUAACGGCAGUCCGCGCUCUCCACAUCCGAGGACUUGUUCAUGGUGCUUUACACACAGACAGCCUUGUAGCAUGCUCGCCUUAUGGACGUUUGAAGCUCUGGGGUCUUGAGCACGCCUCAAGAGCUGGACACACUAUUCCGUGUCCAAAUGCAACUGUUCUUGGAGUUCGUGAAGCCGAGUACGUGGCUCCUGAAUUUGCUUCAUUUGCACUGAAAGAAACAUCAAGCUGCCGUGCUGCUCCUUCGUUGGAUGUCUGGAGUCUCGGAGUAAUAAUUCUAAAGAUGUACGUCUCGGGUCAACAACUGGAAGAGUUUGAAGGCUGCACGACACCGCGAGAUGUCUUCCGACGCCUAAACGCAUCAGACUUCGACGGAAAAGCAUCACGCCCUUGCUUUUUUAGACGAUCGAUUGCUCGGUUUGUGCAGAACGAUGACCUGAAAGACACUCUGCACCAGUGCUUGCAGCGCAAUGGGACAUCCAGACCUUCCAUUGACUCAAUUUUAAAACACAAUCUUUUCCAGCCAAAUAGACGCAGGGUGCCACGGCCACUUUCAAUGAAAGCGUCUCGUAGCUCUCCUGCAAGUAUGAAAGACGAGGACUUGGUCACGUCCUACUGGUCGAAUGACAUACGAUCUUUAGGUGAACCUGAGCGCGAAGCUAGCGGUAGGGACCACUCUUCCGACACCAUACCAGAAAAGGUCCUUGAGCUGCUCGACGUAGCUCCUGAGCCACUACCACCGAGUUUGUGUCUCUUUUUGCCUCCAGUGGAGUUGAAGCUUGAUUUGACACAGCGUACCAGCUACUCAGUAGAGCAAUGGGUUUCCCAACUCAAGCAUCUACAACAACAACAAGCAGACGAACUGCGUUUCCCACUUGUUUUUAUGUGCGAGUCGUAUGAAUUGAACACUGCCGUGUCGUGCAGUGUCGCUACUAUGACAAAGUUUGGUGUAAGCGUAUCGGCUUCUUUGCUGCCGCUUGUGAUGCCGCUUGUGCGAGAAACGAUGCUUUUCCUCGAGGCUCGCGCAAUUGUGUGUAACGGGUCAAAAGCUGGUAAAGCAUGUGAACUUGCUAGCCCUCACCCAUGGCACCAGCUUCGAACAUUUUAUCGCGCACUCGAACACAUGGAGCUAGCCACUGUGAACCCCGUGAACGAAGUCGAGCUUGCACCGAUGGAGCAACAAUUGAAUGCUCGAGACCCGAGAAAAGCUCAAAAAGUGCUUGAGAAACUCGCCCGUCUUUUAUUCAGUAAGGACAAACGAGAAUAUAUCCGAAACUUGCUCGAUGCUUUUGUUAGUGAUGAAGACCUGGCGUCUCGCACUGAAUGCGGCAGUUGGGCUGCAUUACGCCGUUUUAACAUGGCUUAUGAGACUUCGUCAACGUUAAGUCGAACGCGUUGGCUAUGUAGUCACCAUGCACCGCACUACAUUUAA